UUUGAAUUAUUUUAUUGACCAUGCCAUAUAUACAACUGAUAAGCAACGAAAAAAAGGGAAAUACCAGAUACCCCACCCCUAGAAAAACCCUCCAUAUAUCUCACACGCUCAUUUCCUUACUGACCAUUUAAGGAAGAAGGUACGGAUGGGCGUUGACAAGGGACCGGCCAUUGGUUCUGCAUUAAUCUUUUCUGUAUCCGUCAUUCAGGCAGGACUAACCGGAUGAGCUGCGAGACCUGAGAAAGCAAAAAUAAUAAAACAAAUUAAGAAGGAAGAGGAAACAAGCUGGUGAAAAGAGGAUAUCUUAUUAAAUAUCUCUCUAGAACCACAGUAACAGGAUUACAACCACCAUGGUGACACUGGAUUUCAGGACACUGACAGUGCCUGUGGGCAUCGUGCGGAUACUGGAGCUGAUCCUCACCUGUAUCUCCUUCAGCCUGGUGGCUUCAGUGGGAAACAGGGCAGAGUCCUUCUGGACGUGGUGCAUGUUCACCUGGUGCUUGUGCUUCUGCGUCACCUUUCUCAUACUCUUCCUGGAGUUCUUCAGCCUCAGCUCGAAGUUGCCGAUCUCCUGGGAGGACUUCACUGCUGCGUUUGCCAUGUUGGCAACUCUAAUGGUGCUAGCAGCGUCCAUAAUCUAUCCCAGGUUCUACACUUGCUCCAGCUGCAGCAGACAGAUCGGUGCCACAGUCACUUCCUGUCUGGUCUUUAUCCUGUACGCCGUUGAAGUGGGGCUGACCCGAGCUAAACCCGGCGAGCUGAGUGGGUUCCUGUCCACAGUCCCGGGCCUCCUCAAGGUUCUGGAGGCCUUCGUGGCCUGCAUCAUCUUCAUCUGCUUGGACCACCACCAGUACUCUAGUUAUCCAGGGCUCCAGUGGUGUGUCGCUGUCUACUCCAUUUGCUUCAUCUUUGCCCUCCUCGUCAUCAUCUUUACCGUCUGCCGCCUUCUGUCUCUCUUCCCCGCACCAUUUGACAAAGUCCUGACAGCAUGCAACGUGUUGGCGGUGUUGAUGUACCUCACAGCUGUGGUCAUCUGGCCGUUGUAUAGCUUCCAGAACAAUCCCAGGCCGAGCACUUGCAAGGCAGGUGUUCUAUGUCAGUGGGAUAAUUUAGUGGUUAUCUCCUUCAUGACCGCUUUUAACCUUGGUGCUUACAUUGCCGAUACUAUUUAUUCUUGUAGGCUGGUGUUUUUUGUUAGCAGAACAUAGGGUGCAAAAACGCAUCAUAGUUCAGGUGUCAAACAGAACUUAGAUAAAGCAGCUCUUUGAUAACUACUGUUAAAAAUUCACUGUAGUUUUGUUCAUGAUAACCCUGACACUCUUUGUGGUAGUUUUAAUUUGCUUACUUCUAUUUAUUAAUGAUACAUUCUCUGAGGACAUGGAAUAACAGUCCUGUGUCUAGUUUUUAACAUUAAGAAGAUGCUAUCUCAAUCUAUUGUUUACUUGCAUUAUUCUCAAUUGACUCUUAAUUCCGUUAUUUUUGAUACAGCAUUGAUAUGACAAUGAUAGUCUCAGUUAUAUUGUUGUAAAUUCCAGUGUUUGAAAUAGGAAUAAAAGUGUGAUUUUUGUCAUCAACACAAGUGUCGCUAUUUCUUAACUGUUUCAGCACCUCGGUAACUAAUUAAAAACAUUCCUGGA